AUGGGUAUGAGCUGGACUGCUUUCUUAUUGACCUACCUCUUUGGUGGUGUCACAUUCAUUCCUCUAGCUAUAGCGAUCGUGCUAUUUCACGCGCAUUACACGUUUCCCGUUCGCGACGAAAACACGACCGGAAAUGAUGGCAAUGAUCCCGAUGGUAUUGUCCAGCCUGGUGAUGACACCACUGCCCUUCGCGAAGCCCAGAAGGAGGAAUCGAAGCAACGUCUCCUCGCCGAGUCCGAUGUAGCGGCGGGUUACUUCGCAGUAUGUCGUGAAUACACUCCGAUGGGCAUCAAUGCCAAACCGAUCGAACGUGCUACCCCUGUAGGAUCGGCCACCGUGGCCGCGCCGAGUCCUAGCGUGUACCAGACUAUGUACAGAAGUAUAUUCGAUAGGAAACAAACACCAGGUCCCCUCGACGACAAUAAGAAUGUUAGCCAGCGGCCCAAGAAGGCGGGAAAUGUAUUCUAUGUCGUACUUAGACAUGGCCACUUAAUGCUAUUCGAUGACGACGAACAGCUCGAAGUCCGACAUGUUAUCUCCUUAGCUCAUCACGAUAUCAGUAUAUACUCUGGCGGGGAUCCCACACCCGAAGGCGAAUUGUUUAUAAAGCGGAAUGCAUUGUGUUUAAGUAGGAAGACGGACGGGAAAGAAUUAACACCCGACACACAAAUAUCGAAACCUUUCUUUCUAUUCUCCGAAAAUUGCUCGGCAAAAGAAGACUUCUACUUUGCUUUACUCCGAAAUCAAGAGCAGACCUUUACUGGUCAGAACCUAGCUCCGAAACCCCAACGAUUCGAAGUCAAAAAUAUUAUAUCGUUGGUUCAAAAACUACAUUCGUCCGAGGAUCAUUUACAAACGCGAUGGCUGAACGCUUUCAUUGGAAGGAUAUUUCUCGGCCUGUAUAAGACCAAGGAUGUUGAAAACCUCAUAAGAGAGAAGAUUACGAAGAAAAUCAGUCGCGUCAAGCGGCCAUCGUUUCUCUCCAAAAUUGCACUUCGGAAUAUCGAUACCGGAGAUUCAGCCCCUUAUUUUACGAAUCCUCGAUUAAAAGAUCUAAGUGUGGAAGGUGAAUGCGGAAUGGAAGCUGACGUUAAGUACACCGGCAAUUUCAGGUUAGAAGUCGCCGCUACAGCACGUAUCGAUCUGGGUCCUCGAUUCAAAGUUCGCGAGGUCAAUCUCAUCCUCGCCGUAGUGCUAAGGAGACUUGAAGGUCACAUUUUCUUCAAGAUAAAGCCACCUCCAAGCAAUCGCAUUUGGUUCUCCUUCCAGUCGAUGCCAAAGAUAGAGAUGACAAUCGAACCUAUUGUAAGUUCGAGACAGAUCACAUACACGGUUAUUCUCCGACAGAUCGAGAACAGAAUCAAAGAGGUGGUAGCUGAGACAUUGGUGAACCCUUUCUGGGACGAUAUCCCGUUUUUCAAUACAGAACACAAACAAUGGCGAGGAGGUAUUUUCGAGGGCGACGAUGAGGUUCAGCGCUCGCCGGACCAUGAAGCUAUUGCUGCUCAACUUGGAAAUGUUGACGAAGUCAGCCGGAUGGAGGAAAACGGCACCACACCGGCUACACCGGCUACACCACCAGAACUUCCUUCGCUAGAGAAAAGUCACAGUGUACCAGUCAUGGAAACAAGCCAGACCAAUCAGACAAAUCAGUCACAAGGAUUCUGGAGUAGAAAGCUUAACUCCAAGAAAAGCUUACAAAAUGAUAUCAAUCCAAGCGCGUCUGCAUCGACAACAGCUCUUGACACAAAGAGUCCACGAAGCUCUGCCACUGAUGUACUAAAACCCAGUCGGUCAGGAUCAAUUUCAGCAUCAAGUCCGAUUGUUAGCACAGAUCCUAUACAUGCCGAUACUUUCAGACCAUCUUCAAGUCCUCCAGAUCGCGAUGACGCUUUUAACGCAAUAGCGAGUAUAUCUGCUAGGUCGAAAAACAGCUCACCCACACAUACACCCCUUGGCUCGCCUGCAAGGACAUCCUCGACUACACAGGCGGGCAGUGUCUCCGCGAGUUCCUCAUCUGAAGUAAUUCCCGAAGUCCGUGAGGAAGAGCAAACUCCUACAGCACCAGCGAGACGACAUACUGCAUCGUCUGCAGAAAGUAUGGAGGGCGAUACAGUAACUCCUGGUUCCCUAGCGCCUUCGAGUAGUAGAAACUCGAUCAAGAGCGGUACCGGCUCCAUAGGAAGGGGCUUUUUCAUGCGAAGAGAAGGUACCGCUUCGCCAGCGGGUUCUACUAACGGCGGAACACCUGAGGGGAAACGCAAUACUCUAGCCGCCGUGUCGAAUGCGGCCGCAACAGCGAAGCGAUGGGGGUUGAGUGCAAUACAACGACAGACGGAUAGAAAUGGUGGCCCUAACGGACGGAAACUAUCCGAUCCUCCUGUCGAUCUAAAUCAGCCUAUGGGACGUGGCCAACCACUGCCUCCUCCCGGAACGCCGCUUCCCGGACCAGGUAAGAAAGCUGUUCCUAUGGCUGUCCCGAAACGGAAACCCGUCGUCCCACCACCAUCACUACCACGCCAGAGCUCUGGUAAUCUUCUCAACGAGGCUACGGCGAAAAUCGAACGAAGACAAGUCCCGCCCCCUCCAUUGCCAACAAGACGCCGACGCGUUUCGCAGAUCCAUUCUGGUAACGAUGGAAGUAACGAUGAUAAUGUCCUCGUUGUCGAGGCGCCGACGACCGAUUCAGAGCCAAAUAGCCCAUUAAUACAGGUUAUUGGGCCGCAUCAUGAGGACGAAAAUGAUCAUGAAGAUUCGACUACGUCGUAUAUGCAGCCUUGGGUUGAGGAUGCGGAAGAAUUAGAUGGCCAGGGAGAUGAUGAUGGUGGGAGUGAAGAUUUGAUUGAAAUGACGCCCGAUGAAGAGGGAUCGUCGCCGGGUGGUACGCCACCAGAAUUACCGCCGAGACAUGCAGAUGCGGUGGCGGAGGUGGGGGAACAAAGUGAACAACAGAAUCAAAAGCAAAAGCAAAAUAAUGGAGAGCAACAGCAGCAAGAGGUUGAAGCAGAAGAGGAAGAUGGAUAUUCGAAUUGGAUGGAUAAUCCCGGCUUCGAAUCACCACCCGAUACCAACGUCAGCGCUCAAGCUAUCAGCGCUGGUGCCGCGAAAUAA